CGGGCGCGUGUGAUUCAGACCCAGCUAAUGGAUGUUAGAGAUGUCAGAUGUGUUUGUACUGUUCGACUUCGUCAUGGAGCCGUUGCAGCGGGGAUGAGUACAGGGAUUUUUCUUUUUUAAACUCUCCCAUUUUAAACUACUCUAAUCUCUGUAUGCGCCGUUUUUCCCCUCGAACCUGAGUCCAUUUCGUCUGGAUCGGAACCGGCCAUGACCGUGGAGCAGAAUGUCCUGCAGCAGCACUCUCAGAAGCACCAGCAGACAUUACUGAACCAGCUGAGGGAAGUUACUGGAACUACAGAUGUUCAGCUGUUACAGCAGGCACUGCAGGUCAGUAACGGUGACCUAGCCGAGGCAGUGGCCUUUCUCACCGAGAAGAAUGCCAAGGUCCCACAGCAAGAUGAAGCCACCUAUUACCAGACGGCCCAAGUCAACAAUGAUAGAUACAUCAGUGUGGGCAGCCAGGCUGACACAAAUGUAAUAGAUCUUACUGGAGAUGAUAAAGAUGACCUUCAGCGGGCCAUCGCUCUCAGUCUGGAGGAGUCAAACAGGGCCUUCAGGGAGACGGGCAUCACUGAUGAAGAGCAGGCUAUCAGCAGAGUCCUGGAGGCCAGCAUUGCUGAGAACAAGGCCAGCCUGAAGCGCACGCACACAGAAGUAUGGAGCGAUUCACCCAACCCUUACGACAGGAAGAGGCAGGAUAACUGUCCCGUAGGGCUGAAGAACGUGGGGAACACGUGCUGGUUCAGUGCAGUUAUACAGUCUCUUUUUAACCUGCUGGAGUUCCAGAGGCUGGUGUUGCAUUAUUCGCCCCCUGCACGGAUGCAGGACUUGCCCCGCAAUCAGAAGGAGCACAGGAACCUGCCCUUCAUGCAAGAGCUGAGGCAUCUCUUUUCUUUGUUGGUGGGUUCCAAGCGAAAGUAUGUGGACCCGUCCAGCGCCGUGGAGAUCCUCAAGGAUGCCUUUAAGUCCAGUGAAUCUCAGCAGGAUGUGAGUGAGUUCACCCAUAAACUCUUGGACUGGCUAGAAGACGCGUUUCAGAUAAAGGCAGAGGAGGACAGAGAGGGAGAGAAGCCAAAGAACCCGAUGGUUGACCUGUUUUAUGGACGUUUCCUGGCUGUGGGUGUCCUGGAAGGAAAGAAAUUUGAGAACACGGAGAUGUUUGGGCAGUACCCUCUCCAGGUGAACGGCUUUUUUUUUUACUUUGAUUUUUUAAGAGCACCAACAGGCCGGAAUGUUAAUGAAAUCCCAGCACACCGUCUCUCUCUCAGUGCUCAGAAUCACUGGUUCACAGAACUCCCACCAGUUUUGACCUUUGAACUGUCAAGGUUUGAGUUUAAUCAAACCUUAGGCCCACAUAAGAAUAACAACAACAAACAAUAUCCCCCCAUCCUGAUUGAUUCCAGGUACAUGGACAGGAACAGAGACAUCACACGGAUAAAACGAGAAGAGAUCAGAAGACUAAAGGAGCACCUGACCGUUCUCCAGCAGCGACUUGAGAGGUAUCUGAGCUAUGGCUCAGGACCCAAGCGGUUUCCUCUAGCCGAUGUUCUCCAGUACGCCAUGGAAUUUGCGUCCAGCAAGCCUGUGUGCACAUCGCCUGUGGAGGACAUUAAUACAACAGCACCACCUGGUGGCACGACUGCACAGCUGCCACCUCCUGCAAGCACAGGGGAGCAGCCGGAUACAUCUGUCCCAGCCGAGGGUUCCGGCUCUGGUCCACAGGCCCAGCAACAGCAGCGGGUUUCGAUCCAUAAACCGUUCACUCAGUCUCGUGUGCCGCCAGAUCUACCCAUGCACCCCGCCCCACGACACAUCACAGAGGAGGAGCUGCGGGUGCUGGAGGGCUGUCUGCACCGCUGGAGGAGUGAGGUGGAGAACGACACCAGGGAUCUGCAGGCCAGUAUAUCUAGAAUCCACAGAACCAUCGAGCUUAUGUAUUCUGACAAGUCCAUGAUGCAGGUACCAUACCGGCUGCAUGCUGUUUUGGUCCAUGAGGGUCAGGCUAAUGCAGGACACUACUGGGCAUACAUCUUCGACCCACAUCAACAGCGAUGGAUGAAAUACAAUGACAUUUCUGUGACAAAGUCAUCCUGGGAAGAGCUGGUGCGAGACUCGUUCGGUGGAUAUCGCAAUGCCAGUGCAUACUGCCUCAUGUACAUUGAUGAUAAAAAACCAUUCCUUAUUGAAGAGGAGUUUGAUAAAGAGACAGGGCAGAUGCUCAGCGGCUUGGACAAGCUCCCUCCUGAUCUGAAAGAGUAUGUAGAGGCAGAUAACAAGCUCUUUGAGAGGGAAAUGGAGGAGUGGGACGCUCUACAAGCGCGCAAACUCCAGCAGGAGAAACUGGCACUGGCCGCCGCCAGUGUGGCCCCCCAACCCAUGAGCACUGAACCCUGCCCUCCAGACAACACAACAGCCCCUCAGCAUGACCCAGAGUACAUGGAGCAGCAGUCGCCCACCGGAGACUCCAAACACCUGCAGGAGGACACAGAGAGAGCCAUCAGCAAAGCCGCAGCUGAGCAUGAUGAGAAGAGUCCAGAAGCCCUGCUCAACACAUCUCAGUCAUCACAUCCCGACAGCGAGGUGACCUCUGACCCCUGUCCUCCCCUUGACCCUGAGCAGGACGACUCCGCCUCCUCCCUGCCCGCACCUCAGCGGGUGGUGGAGGUGGCCAUUCCUAAUGUAGGAACGUUUGUCAUUCAGUCGAAGGAGGGAGGUUAUGAUGAUGAGGCGAUGAUGACCCCAAACAUGCAGGGUGUCAUAAUGGCCAUUGGCAAAUCCAGGAGUGUUUAUGACAAGUGUGGGCCUGAAGCAGCGUUCUUCAAGGUACAUGACCUGCUGCAUGCCACACCCCCUGUGCAUCACAUUAGCUCAUUGACCACACCCCCUCCCCUGAGCAUCUCAUUAUCUCUGUUAGCUCACUAUUUACACUGCAGGCAAUGUUUACUUUAUUUUUCGGGCAGAUGGAAAAACACUAUUAAUUUCUUUCCCACUUUCACUCUAAAUCCAUCUAAAUAUACAACACCAUUUAUAACCCACCCAAAUAAACACGACUUCUUUCUAUCUGUGGCACUUGUUAACUUAACAUGUCCGUGUUUACUGAGGUUGGCUCAGGAGGACACGCCCCCUGAGAGAGACUACCGACUACAGAAUGCCACACAUCACUUCAUACACCAUCAACCACCAAAAGACAAAAAAGAUUGCCAGUUCUGUCUCGAGCCUCCCAGACUGACACAGACAGUGAUUAUCAGCUCGUCACAGCAGUCGCUGCUUUUUCUGAUCAUUGUGUUACCAAACAGCUUCCUGUUUGCACGCCUGAAAGGCUUGUGUCUCGCUACACAGCCUCGAGUGCCUCCAGAGCAGACUGCACUCUCCAGUGAAGAACAAUGUGACGGCCCUGUUCUUCCCUGCAGGUGUAAGAGCAUCAUGAAGGUGGCACGUGCUAAACUGGAGCUUAUUAAGCCUGACGAGGUGAACAUGGAGGAAUAUGAGAUGUGGCAUCAGGAUUACAGGAAAUUCCGUGAUGCUACAGUGUUUCUGUUAAUCGGCCUGGAAUUAUUCCUAAAGAAAAGUUACGUGGAAGCAUUGAUGUACCUGAUCUACGCCUAUCAGUACAACAAAGAGCUCCUGGCGAAAGGGCCAUACAGAGGGCACGAUGAGGAGCUGAUCGCACAUUACCGCAGAGAAUGCUUGCUAAAGUUGAACGAACACGCGGCUGCCCUCUUUGAGACAGGCGAGGAGACUAAAGUGAACGCUGGUCUGAGCAUCAUGAACGAGCUGGUGGUGGCGUGUAUUCCACUGCUGCUGGUGGAUGAGAUGGAGGAGAAAGACAUGGUGGCUGUUGAAGACAUGAGGAACCGAUGGUGCUCAUACCUGGGCCAGGAAAUGGAACCUAAUCUCCAGGAGAAGCUGACCGACUUCCUGCCCAAGCUACUCGACUGCUCAACCGAGAUCAAAAGCUUUCAUGACCCUCCCAAACUACCUUCAUACUCCACGCUGGAGCUGUGCGAGCGUUACGGCCAGGUCAUGACGUCACUCACCCCGAGUCGAACCCCCGCAGAUGGCAGAUGAGCUGCGCAGACUUCAUCUCCCCUCCACUAAUACACGCCUUCCUUAAAGCAGGGGUUUCCCAAACCUACCAACCUUUCCUUUCUCUAUUGCUGCUAGAGAUUUUAUCCUUAUCCUUAUGGUAUUAUUAAUAUUAUUUUGAGGAUUCUGUUACAUUUUAAAGCUAAUGCAACAGCAAGAACAGUGUGAAACUGAACAGAGACAAAGAAGCAUUAAAAGGAUAGUUCACCCAAAAAUAAAAGUUUAGUCAUCAUUUAUUCACCUCAUGUUGUUCCAAACCCAUAUGAAAAGGAGAUGUCUAGCAGAAUGUUCAAGCUGCUGGGACCAGAGACGACUGUGGUUGGAAAGAAGAAAGUUAUAUGGGCUCUAAACUACUUGAGGGUAAAGAAAUGAGGCUGAAUUAUAAUUUUCAAGUGAACUAUCCCUUCAAAGCCAAGAAUGGUAUCAUGUUGGUGCUUUAGACAUUGGCGCAUGCAGCUUUAGCUUUGUGAAACGAGGUUGAGGAUUAAUUUCAAUAUUUUGUUUUAUUUUCCCUCAUCUUCCCCUUUCACGUAAGAAGCGGGUCAACCUGCUGCGCUGCCCUCAGUUACAGUGUUACUGCAUUGUUUUGUUUUUUCUAAGGACGGUGAGUCAAAAAGCUGGAGGAUCUCGGACAGGUCUGCGGACCUGACGACUGGGACUUUAACACAAGUUUUAAGUGCUGUGGUUGGCAGCCACGGGACAUACUGUGGCUUGUUAAUAAAUUGAAAGAAUAAAGUUUUAUUUAUGGCUCUUUUAGGCCAGAUACAUA